AUGUCCGCAGCCCCACUGCAGAUCGUUAAUGAACGACAACUGAACACAAGGACAAACAAUGUUUACACCCCAACAAAAUACACCGUUGGAAAGGAAAAUCUGCAGCAUACCAGCAAUAAGCGUCCAGACCAUCAUCAUGACCAACACAAGCAGCCGGCCCCCAAAAAGAAGAAGGAAAAGCUUUCUGCUCUGUGCAAAACGCCCCCGUCUCUAAUCAAGACUCGCGGUAGGGAUUAUCGGAGAGGCCAUUUUCUUGGAGAGGGAGGCUUCGCAAGGUGUUUCCAGAUCAAAGACGACUCGGGCAAAAUUUUUGCCGCCAAGACGGUGGCCAAGAUCUCGAUCAAAUCGGAAAAAACUCGUAAAAAGCUUCUGUCUGAAAUUCAAAUCCACAAAAGCAUGCGACAUUUCAAUAUCGUCCAAUUUGUUGAUUGUUUCGAAGACGAUACCAACGUGUACAUCCUGCUCGAGAUCUGUCCCAACGGUUCGCUCAUGGAUCUUCUCAAAGCCAGGAGAGUACUCACAGAGCCGGAAGUGCGGUUCUUCACUACCCAGAUCAUAGGUGCCGUGAAAUAUAUGCAUAGCAGAAGAGUUAUCCACCGAGACUUGAAACUCGGGAACAUAUUCUUCGACAGCAACUACAAUUUGAAGAUCGGAGAUUUCGGACUAGCUGCCGUGUUGGCUAACGAUAGAGAACGUAAAUUCACUGUGUGCGGUACGCCUAACUACAUAGCGCCAGAAGUCCUUACGGGCAAGCAUACAGGCCAUUCGUAUGAGGUUGACAUUUGGUCUUGCGGCGUAAUGAUAUACGCUUUGCUAGUGGGUAAACCACCUUUCCAAGCAAAGGAAGUCAACAUCAUCUAUGAGCGUAUCAAGGCCGGAGACUACGCUUUUCCAAAGGACAAAAGCAUUUCUCCCGACGCCAUGGUUUUGAUCGAAGACAUACUUUCCAUAGAUCCUCUGGAGAGACCAUCUUUAGAUGAAAUCAUGGAUUAUGUUUGGUUCCGGGGCUUAUUUCCGCCCAGAAUAGACCCACAAACGUUAAGUUCUGGACCAAAUUACGAUUAUCUGGAUAUGGCUCAAUCUCAGGCGAACUUUAAAGCUUGUAUGACGCGAUCUGGGUUAACAUCAGCUUCAUCAUCUUCUACCAAAGAUCCUAUCAAACUUGUGAAGAACGACCUCGAACAAGAACGAAGUAGAACAAUUUUACCACAGUCGUUAUCGCCAGGUGGAACUAAAAACAAGUACCAGGAAGUUGUUGAUCUCGAUGCUCAAAAGAAGCUUAAUGAUCUGGCUCGUGAAGCAAGAAUUAGAAGAGCACAACAGGCCACUCUCAAACGAGACCUCGUUGCCACUUCAACUAAUGCUAUUAAGUCUGAAAUUUCGUUACGAAUCUUGGCAAGUGAAUGCCAUUUGACGCUCAAUGGUAUCUUGGAAGCAGAAGCUCAAAAACGUAUGGGUGGACUUCCUAAAUCAAGACUGCCGAAGCUCAAGAAUCCUAUCGUAGUGACGAAAUGGGUGGAUUAUUCUAACAAACAUGGCUUUUCAUAUCAAUUGUCGACAGAUGACAUUGGUGUACUUUUUAAUAAUGGUACCACGGUACUGAGGCUUGCUGACGCAGAAGAGUUUUGGUAUAUCAGCUAUGACGAUAGAGAAGGGUGGGUUGCGAGUCAUUACAACUUGACUGACAAACCACAAGAAUUGGCAAGACAUCUGGAGGUGGUGGACUUUUUUUCGAAAUAUAUGAAGGCGAAUUUGAGCAGGAUCUCGACUUUCGUUCGCGAAGAAUAUCACAAGGACGAUGUUUUUCUUCGAAGAUACACGCGCUAUAAACAAUACGUGAUGUUUGAGCUGAGCGACGGCACGUUCCAGUUCAAUUUCAAAGACCAUCACAAGUUUGCCAUAUCUGAAGGUGGUUCGUUGAUCACUUACAUCUCGCCCGAUCGCGAAAGCUCUACAUAUCCAACCGUCGAGUUGCUCAAGGCUGGCGAGCUGCCCGAGCAUCCGGACAUCGACCUUUCUGACAAGAUAUUCAUGAUGAAGGAGGGUCUCAAACAGAAAGCCGCGAUUGUGUCUACCGCGCAGCCACAGAUAUAG